AUGGCUCCUGUGACUUCUGAAACGAGCUCAUCUAUGGACGAGGAAGAUGACUAUCUUGCACCAGACGGAGGCUAUGGCUGGGUCAUUGUUGCUUGCAUUCUUGGCAUCAAUAUUGUUACAUAUGGUAUCAACACCUCCUAUGGCGUAUACAUUGCUUACUACCUCGAACACAACUACUUUGAUGGCGCAACAUAUAUGACUUACGCCUUCGUCGGCGGCUUGUCCGUGGGCAUAGCAUGGUUUUGCGCGCCAGGUAUUAAUUAUCUGGUGAAGAAAUUCGGCCUGCGAAUCCCAUUAUUCGCGGGCCUUAUAUGCAUAUCUCUGGGCCAAUGCCUAUCAGGUCUCACGCAGCAUCUCGCCAUGUUUGUUGUAUGGCAGGGAUUGAUAUUUGGAAUGGGCCUAGGAUUGACUUCUCUUCCGCCACAGCAACUACUACCCCAGUGGUUCGACAAGCGACUGAGCCUGGCUCAGGGUAUCGCGACAACUGGGUCUGGAAUCGGAGGGUUGAUUUUCUCCAACACAACUCGGGCAGCCCUCGCAACCAUGGGCGUCAAAUACACCCUCAUCAUGAAUGGCUGUAUUUCCGCAGUCGUUCUCGUACCCUGUCUUGUGCUCUUGAAGGGUCGAACGGCAGUAAACGUCAGAGUCGAACCUCUCCAACUCAAGUGGUUUGUGCACGGCACAUUCUUCUGGGUCUGGACCUGGGGAUUCUUUGCUGCCAUGGCGUACUUCAUUGCUAUUUAUUCUCUUGCGCCUUAUGCAACAGAUGGCAUUGGCUUGACCCAAACGCAAGGUGCUGCGCUCCAAUCCAUACUGGCAGGGGGGCAGAUCAUUGGCCGCCCGUUAAUUGGUUUGGCCCUCGACAAGGGCGGCCGCUUCAACAUGACGAUCAUUGCCAAUAUUGUUGCUGGAUUAACCUGCGUGGCCAUCUGGAUGCCGGCUCGGUCAUUCGCCGCGCUUGUGCCUUACGCCAUCUUGCAAGGCGUAGUCGGCGGCACGGUGUUCAGCGUUGUCGUUCCUGUGACAACGUCAGCGGUAGGGGUCCUGGAUAUGGGAUCAGCAUUUGCGAUAUUUGGACUCAGCGUUGUUCCUGCAACUACAUUUGGGCAAGCGAUCGCUGUAUCGUUGAUCAAUUUCUCCAAGGAUACUCUUCUGAAGAGCGGGGGAGACGUCUACCAAAUAUCAAUUGGACUGUGCGGUGGUUUCUUUUGGAUGAGUGCACUCUUGCUGUUUGGUGGCAAGGUGGCCCUUCAAGGGAAUAUGAAGUUGCUUAAAAAGACUUGA